AUGAAAGUUUACAAGCAGAUAAUAGUGAUAAAGAAAAUGAUGAUCCUCAAUUAAAAAAUCCAAGAAAACAUCGUGAAAAGGGUCGACCAUUAGGUACAAAAAGAUUUAAAUCAUCACAUGAAAGUUAUAAGCCUAAAAUAAAGCAUCAAAGACGAUGUAAGAAAUAUGGAAAUGUAGGACAUUAUCAAAAAAAUUGUAAGAUCUAG